CACUAGCCGAGUUAACACUCAGAACAAUAGUAGUAUAGUUACUGUAACAACACUACUCCGUUCACACUUUAUGACACGACGAUUUUACCACUGGCGAAGUUCUCUUCCACCACCAUACGCAGCCACCGACAGUCCGCCGCAGUCACGGCCUCCACCGCCACCUCGAACCUCGACGCCGUUGCUAUCUCUGCUUCACCAGGAUCACCAUGACAAGCCAGCAAGACGCUCAGGUGUUCAAUUGGCACUACACGGAGCUGGAUAACCAUAACCUCGAGGUCCGCAGCAGAAAAGUCUUGUUCAUCGUCUUUCUUUUCUGUUUGAUCUUUCUAGUUAUUCUUCUCUUCCUCUGCGCUCGAUGGAUCUGCCGGUACCGGGACCACCUUCCCACUACCUUCCACUCCAGUCAGGUGCGUCACGCGGCCCCUCCGCCGUCGCAAGGUCUCGACCUUGAUUCGAUCAAGAAAUUGCCGAUAAUCUUGCACCAGGCGCCGUCGGACUCCGAUUGCGCAUUGGAGGAAACAGACUGCUGUAUUUGCCUUAGCAUGUUCGAAGAUGGCGAGAAAUUGAAGGUCUUGCCCGGAUGCAGUCAUUGUUUCCAUUGUCAGUGUGUCGAUAACUGGCUUAUUAAUCACUCCAGUUGCCCACUCUGCAGAGCUUCUAUUCAAGUUGAUGUUGAUUCGUCGUUUCCAGAGAUUUUGAUUCAGGAACCACCAAUUAGAAUCGACCUUCAAUUCUAGUUGUGAUCUUCUCUUUUAGUUUUUGUUUAGUAGAACAAAAUUUCUUCAGCUUGAUUCUGUUUUGAAUCAUGUAGGAAGAUUUGGUUAAUACUUGAUAAUUACAAGAAAAUGGAUUGUCAAUUGUGAAUGACUUUUCUGUGCUUAA